AUGAUGAACGAUGUUGAUGAUGAUGGCCUGCGCGCAGGUGAUAUACAUCGACUACGGCAACGUGAUGUGGGUGAAGGAGGAAAGGGGCUUCUAAGGGGGAAGGCUUUGUUCAACAGCGGAUGUCACGCUGAUGAUGAUGAUGUUGAUGACAAUGGCCUCGCCGAUGAUGUACAUCGACUACGGCAACGUGAUGUGGGUGAAGGAGGAAAGGGGCUUCUAAGGGGGAAGGCUUUGUUCAACAGCGGAUGUCACGCUGAUGAUGAUGAUGUUGAUGACAAUGGCCUCGCCGAUGAUGUACAUCGACUACGGCAACGUGAUGUGGGUGAAGGAAGACAGGAGGUUCUAAGGGGGAGAGGGUUGUUUAAAGGCGGGCGUCUCGCUGAAGAUGAUGAUGAUGAUGUCCCCGCAGGUACUAUACGUCGUAGUACAGCAACAUGGUGUAGGUGUAGGAGGACAGCGGCGUUCCAAGGCGGAGGCCUUUGUUCAACAGCGGACGUCUCGCCGAAGAUGAUGAUGACGACGGCCCCCGCAGGUGAUGUACGUGGACUACGGCAACGUGAUGUGGGUGAAGGAAGACAGGAGGUUCUAAGGGCGGGAGGGUUGUUCAAAGGCGGGCGUCUCGCUAAAGAUGAUGAUUGCUGCUCGCUCGCCGGCGUGAGGGCGCGCGACGCGUGCAGCCGCCAGUGGGCCGCCGCGCGGGCGCAGCUGCAGCGGCUCGUCUGCGAGCGCACGCUGCGCGCGCACGUCGUUGCUCGUGACUACGAUGAGAUCACAGUGGAAUUAUACGACGAUAUGGGAAAAAGCAUUGCCGAACAAUUGGCCGCCGGGAAACUAGUCGAACUCACGGAUUACAUCAUAGAAGAUGACAGCAACGUCAAACAGAAACUGGUGGCGGCU